UUCUUGACCUAACCAAUCAAUCAGGUUUCAAUAUUCUUGCACUUCUUGUCGCAUCCGACGAAUUAAUUCUUAAUAAAUUGGUUGAUUAUGUCCAAAAGCAUAUCAUUGAUAAAGAAUCUUCCUGGUUGCAAAAAAAUCUUGUUGCUGUUUUGCAGACGGUUUUUAAACUCCAAAGUUGCGAAACAAUACAGGUUCAUAUCAUGAAAACUAUCUGCAAAGAUCCAAAACCGUUCUUUGAGUUAAAAGAAUUUCCGACAUUGGAUAAAGAUAUUCUUUUGAAACUUGUCAUGAGAGAUGAUUUGGACUUUGAUGAAAUUAAUAUUUGGAAAUAUUUAGUAAAAUGGGGAACAACUCAGUCCGUUACUUCUAGAGGAAGAUCUAAAGCGGCAACAUUCUAUGAAGAUCUUUCCAAUGAUUUUUCUCAGUUUCUUGAAGAAUCUGAAGAUUACGAUGUUGUUAUUCAAGUCGGAGAAAAAUCAGAUUUUAAAGAAUUUAAUGCGCAUUCAAAUAUUUUGCGUGCUAGAUCACCUUAUUUCAAAACUGCUUUAUCUAGUAGAUGGGCAACCCAUAAAGAUGGUGUUAUUACUUUUAAAAAGCCAAAUAUCAAGCCAGUUGUAUUUCUUUUGAUCCUUCG